AUGACAAAGCUAGAGGCCAACAGAGCAAGUUCUUCUCGAAUGGAUGGACUAAGCAAGAGCGAGAAGCUCGAAAUAUCAGCCAAGGAAUUUGAUGCAUCAUGCGUGCAAUUCGAAAAGGAUAUAGGAGCCGCCAACUACCAACCUUUUGUCGACAGUAAGGGAUUUGUCUACCUCUUGACGCUGGUCAGGAAGGAUAAACUGAGAGACAGGCUGGAAAAACAUCGAGUGAAGGUGCGUUAUGCGCCUUAUUGCAUCUCCGAGCACCAAACAUCCUAUGAGAUAUCCCACCAAAACCCACAUUCUCGACGUGCCGACUCGGAUCCACACAUAAGAUUGGAUUGUGACAAAGCCAUACCUUCGAUUGAGGAUCAGGAGGCACCGCGAGCGGGAGGUAGGGUUGAGGUGGGAUCAGCGCAGCCGCGCCUACCCAUGUGCCCAGUACCCUUGUACUAUUUCCCAAAGCCAUAUCCCUAUUCUGCAUAUCCAGUCGUGGCUGGCAAUGUGCCUUCAUCAUUGUCAAUGUCCAACCCACGUCUUCGAGUUCGUGUUCCAGAUCCGUGGGCUCAGUGUUUGCAGCUUUUCGAAUACCAGGCACCGAAUGAUGGAUCCGGCAGCACGAUCGGUCCCAAACGCACGAAAGAGUACGCAUGCUACACCAUCUAUAGCCGGCCAGGGCAUCGACAUGUGGAAACGCUUGCACCACCAGGAAGUACCUUCGACUUUGCAUGGAACAUGUUUCAAAAGAUGUUCAAGCAAGAAAGUGGGGGUGGAAUGGGAGGCACGUGA